UGUAGUGUGUAUAUGUUGUGUGCGUGGUACCAACAUGCAGUGUGUGGUGUCUAAAGUGGAAAAAAAAUUGGGGGGCGGACCGGUGAGAGAUGAACUCGGAUGUUUCACCGUGACCACCAGACCAUCCCCACAAAACCCUAGAUGAAUCAAGGUGUCUAAUAUGCGAGUAAAAGUGGAAUGGAGGGUGGGUGCCGAAAUGACCCCAAAGACAGUCACCCCCAGGCAGCCCCGCCAGCAUGUCCCACCCAUCCAAUUCCUGCAGCCCGAUGUGCGUGUGCGCAAAAUUGGUUUGGGUGGUAGCGGGAAGGGGCAGGCGUAUGGGCACAACCGGGGGAAGAAGGCUCCCUCCAAGCGACUGGCCCCCCAACCAGCUGCAGUAGGCGCUUCACCUCCCAGGGUGACCGGGCAGCCAGGAGGCGGCCAGCCAGCCGCAGACAGAGACAGCCCCAGCGCAGAGAGACAGUCAGCAGGGGAGGGGCCCAAUGUUGCACCCGAGGGGUUGGAGGUCCAGCAUGCCCCUGACCUUCCUGAGGGACUAGUACAACGCCCCCCUCCCAGCACCCCCAUCCUUUUGUAAACAAUGAUUUAAACCUAAUAAAAUAACAAGAUACAAGAUAAAAAAUACUAAUAAUUGAUUUAUUUCUUGGUAAGUCAUGGGUAUUUCCCCUUAUAUAACUUACAGACAUACAUGCAAUUCCUUGUUGUAAUAUUGUAUUCAUUACUGUCAUGCUAAUAAACCCUUUAUCUCAGCUGGAGCAGUGGAGUUGAUCUGUGGCCACAGGUCAUGGCAGAAAUGUCAAGAUUUAAAUGUAAAUAAUGUCUCUAAAAACGUUUUGACUGGGGACAGCGAUGAAUAAAAACAAUUUCAUUUUACAGAAAAAGGCCUUUCAAAAAUUGAAUGACGUUAAUCAUGGAGUCUGCAGGGAGAUCAUCUCUCACGCAUGAAAGCAUAAAGAAAACCUUCGACAUAAACCUGAAUCAUACAUUGGAAAUGAAACCUAAAUCUGUUUGCUGAACCAGUUUUUUUCUCUUAUAUUGACACAGGGUUGCCAGCCUGACCCGGGCACUAUUUGGCGGAGGUGGGGUACACACCCUGAAUUGGCCGCCAGUCUGUCACAGGACCACAAAGGUGUUGGAUUUAUUACUGCAAUCACCAUAAAGGAUGAUCUACUUCCUGAUCAGGUAAACUCCGGUAAAUCACGUCCCAUCAAUUCUCAAAAGUGACCCUUCCACACCUUUAAGUACCACUAAAUGCGUUGCUUUGCUCAUGAGCACAGGGGACUAACUUGUUCUGAGUCUUAGAGCAACAUGAGUUUCCAGCAACAACCAAAUCCGGGCCAGUACCCAUACCAGGCCCAGUACUCACAUCAGGCCAAGUAUCCACAUCAGACCCAGGACCCACACCAGGCCCAGUACCCACCUCAGGCCCAGUAUCCACCUCAGGCCCAGUAUCCACCUCAGGCCCAGUAUCCACCUCAGGCCCAGAACCCACCUCAGACCCAGGACCCACACCAGGCCCAGUACCCACCUCAGGCCCAGUAUCCACCUCAGGCCCAGUAUCCACCUCAGGCCCAGUAUCCACCUCAGACCCAAGACCCACACCAGGCCCAGUACCCACCUCAGGCCCAGUGGAUUUCUCCUCCACAUCCUCAAAAUCCGCUCUUUGGUCAACUCCAGCCAAACAUCCAGUGUCUAACGAUGGUGUCAGUGCAGUAUCAUUACCACAUUGAACAUCGUUGUAAGAAGAAUUCCAAGUUCAAAGGAACAAAGAAAGUCAUUAAAUAUGUCUUUUUGGAUCCUGCAAAAAAAGUAGUUGGGUCCGGCAUCAGGAAACUUCGGGAUAAAGUGAGCUCAUAGAGCAGUUGAAAGAUGAUUAUUAGAGAUUGUGUUGUAGCCUUUGAGUGGACCAAGAACUCCAAUGCUGAAGUAAUAUUGCAUGGUUAAAUACAUAUGUUAACAAAACAAAA